AUGCUGACUGACGUUACUGGCCAUUAUUCUUUUCAAGGUAUGAAGGAAGUAAUUUCAGGGGCAAUUUUAUUUAAUCUCUUCAGUUACAGCAAUAUUUUUAAUCUAGAGUGCCGCAUGAAGCGCUUACAUGACAACAUGCCAGAUGCCGACAGUGUUGUUAGCACUGUCUGCAGACUAUCCUAUUUUUCGUCACUUAACAUA